CACAUGCAAGAACGCACCGAUGCCCUACGCACCGCCGAGAUGUACUUCGUCAACCUCGCCGUGCUGCCUAACGGUUUUAUGCGCGAAAAGUGCCUUGUCGUCGGUCGGAUGCUGGACGGCUCUACAAAGACCACAACAGUCCCCAGUCACCGCCCGACCUGGUAGUUCAUCGACCACCUUGAUCGCUGUCGUCGUUCACGGGCGACAGAUGAGCGCGACUAUAUAUACGCCAUGCUUUGGUCUCUGCGUCGAGGACACCACCAGCCAACUCCAGGUACCAGAGCUCCUCCCAAGUUACACGGAGCCAGCAGUCCACACCUUUACCCGAUUUGCCAGACAUAUGGCGAUGUGGUGAGCGGCCAUCAAGUUGCCAUACAGCGCAUCAACGACUCACCAAGUCGGCAUCGGGGAGCCUGGCCACGACGAUCUGCCCUCGUGGGUGCCCUCCUGGUCGACUCGCGGCGGUCCACUGCACGUGCUCUCGCCACGCACAACGGUGGUGUCAACAAGUACUACUUCGCAGGCCUACCCACCACCUUGACGCCGCAGGCAGAGCUCGUCGUCAAUGAUAGCGCAGCAGCAGCGGAUGGGCUGAGGGUACUGGCGUCAUGGUGGGCCGCAUCGGGAGGACAGUCGCAGCGGCGCCGGACCCAGGGCGGGUCGAUCCACAGCGGUUCACAGUGGUCAUGCACCGCGAUAUGAACACUAUAGCCAAGGCAGCCGACGACUUGGUGCGCUUUUUUGCCUCGGACCUGCGUACGAGUCCGCCAUGUGUCGAAUACGUUUGACUCACCCU